GCUCGGUAGAGGAGGGAUUGGUAAGGCGGCGGCAGCAGCAGAACAGCAGCAGCGGCGGCGGCGGUGGCGAGGUGUUAGGUCUGCGCAGCACAGCAACGCCCACAGCUUCGGGGAAGGAGUUCCUGUGGGACUAAAUUAGGCAUUCUAAACCCAAACCGGGUGAGCUGGGCCGAACCAGACGUUGCCGUUCGCACAGUUUUGGUGGCGGUGACAGUCGCUGCUCUUGACUAUAGGGGCCUAUUAGGCCGAGAAUCUGAAUCGAAGAUCACUGGCUCUACACACAUCCUCUUCCACCCUUCUGUCUCCUGUCUUCCUUCCUAAGCCAGCGAUUCCAGGACCCUGGGAAGAGGGUGGCUAAUGAUUAAGGCCGUCCUUAAAGUUUCCCAUGUCUCAAUGGACUCCUGAGUAUAGCAAGCUCUAUACCUUAAAAGUGGAUAUGAAGAGUGAGAUUCCUUCUGAUGCACCAAAGACACAGGAGAGUCUGAAAGGGAUCCUCUUGCAUCCAGAGCCCAUUGGGGCAGCCAAAAGUUUUCCUGCAGGAGUUGAGAUGAUUAACAGUAAAGUGGGGAAUGAAUUCUCUCAUUUGUGUGAUGAUUCUCAAAAACAAGAGAAGGACAUGAAUGGUAACCAACAAGAGCAAGAAAAAAGUGUUGUUGUGAGGAAAAAACGCAAAAGCCAGCAGGCUGGCCCUUCAUACAUGCAAAAUUGUGUUAAAGAGAACCAGGGAAUAUUAGGAUUGAGGCAACACCUAGAAGCACCAAGUGAUGAAGACAAUGACUCCUCUUUUAGUGAUUGUCUUUCUUCUCCUUCAUCUAGUUUGCAUUUUGGAGAUUCUGAUACUGUGACUUCAGAUGAGGAUAAAGGAGUCUCUGUAAGACAUUCCCAGGCAAUUUUGAGUGCUAAAAGUAGAACUCAGAGUGCACGGUCCCAAAAGUGGCCUCCGACUGAGACAGAAUCCGUUUCUGGAUUGUUAAUGAAAAGACCCUGUUUUCAUAGCAGUUCGCUAAGGAGACUUCCAUGCAGAAAGAGAUUUGUAAAAAAUAAUUCCUCACAGAGGACACAAAAACAAAAAGAGAGGAUAUUAAUGCAGAGGAAAAAACGAGAAGUGUUAGCCCGAAGAAAAUAUGCAUUGCUCCCCAGUUCUAGUAGUUCCAGUGAAAAUGACCUCAGCAGUGAAUCCUCUUCCAGCUCAUCAACUGAAGGAGAAGAUUUGUUUGUUUCUACCAGUGAAAACCACCAAAACAAUCCAGCUGUUCCCUCAGGAAGUAUCGAUGAAGAUGUUGUGGUAAUAGAAGCUUCUUCCACUCCCCAGGUUGCUGCCAAUGAAGAAAUUAAUGUUACCUCAACUGAUAGUGAAGUGGAGAUUGUAACAGUUGGAGAAAGCUAUCGGUCUCGUUCAACCCUUGGACACUCCAGAUCUCACUGGAGCCAAGGUUCAAGUUCUCAUACAAGUCGGCCACAGGAGCCACGGAACCGCAGUAGGGUUUCUACUGUGAUACAGCCCUUGAGGCAGAAUGCAGCAGAAGUGGUGGACCUUACCGUUGAUGAAGAUGAACCUACUGUAGUACCAACCACUUCUGCAAGAAUGGAAUCACAAACCACAAGCGCUUCCACUAACAAUUCCAAUCCAUCUACCUCUGAGCAGGCCUCUGAUACUACUUCAGCUGUCACUAGUAGCCAACCCUCCACAGUGUCAGAGACGUCAGCUACUCUUACAAGCAAUAGUAUGACUGGUACUUCUAUAGGAGAUGACUUGAGGAGAACUGCAUCUAGUGCUGUAAUGGAAAAUGGCCCUCCUGCAAUGCCAAGGUUACCUUCCUGCUGUCCUCAGCACUCGCCGUGUGGAGGGUCGUCACAGAAUCACCAUGCGUUAGGACAUCCCCACACAAGUUGCUUUCAACAGCAUGGCCACCAUUUUCAACAUCAUCACCACCACCAUCACACUCCCCACCCAGCCGUCCCAGUUUCCCCCUCCUAUAGUGAUCCUACAUGCCCUGUGGAAAGGCCUCCACAAGUACAAGCGCCUUGUGGAGCAAACAGUAGUUCUGGUACCAGCUACCAUGACCAGCAGGCUUUGCCAGUAGACCUGAGCAACAGUAGUAUCAGAAGUCAUGGAAGUGCUGGUUUUCACGGAGCAUCUGCCUUUGACCCCUGCUGUCCUGUCUCUUCUUCCCGAGCUGCAAUCUUUGGCCAUCAGGCUGCUGCCGCUGCCCCGAGCCAGCCAUUGUCACUAGACGGUUAUGGAUCAAGCAUGGUGGCGCAGCCCCAGCCCCAGCCCCCUGCACAAGCCUCACUGUCAUCAUGUCGACAUUAUAUGCCACCUCCUUAUGCUUCUUUGACAAGACCACUUCAUCAUCAAGCCUCUGCUUGCCCCCACUCUCAUGGAAACCCUCCUCCUCAGACUCAGCCUCCACCCCAAGUGGAUUAUGUUAUUCCUCAUCCUGUACAUGCUUUUCAUUCUCAAAUGUCUUCUCAUGCAACAUCUCACCCGGUGGCACCCCCACCCCCAACUCAUUUAGCCAGUACAGCUGCGCCAAUCCCUCAGCAUCUUCCUCCCUCGCACCAGCCAAUUUCACACCAUAUUCCAGCCACAGCACCUCCAGCACAGAGACUGCAUCCUCAUGAGGUGAUGCAGAGGAUGGAAGUGCAAAGGAGGAGGAUGAUGCAGCAUCCAACGCGGGCACAUGAACGCCCCCCACCCCAUCCACAUAGGAUGCACCCAAACUAUGGUCAUGGGCAUCAUAUUCAUGUGCCUCAGACUAUGUCCUCACAUCCUCGACAGGCUCCAGAGAGAUCUGCCUGGGAACUGGGAAUUGAAGCUGGAGUGACUGCAGCUACUUACACACCUGGAGCUUUGCAUCCUCACUUGGCCCAUUACCAUGCGCCACCUCGACUUCAUCACUUACAAUUAGGAGCACUUCCUUUAAUGGUUCCUGACAUGGCGGGCUACCCUCACAUCCGUUACAUUUCAUCAGGAUUAGAUGGAACGUCAUUCAGAGGUCCUUUCAGGGGCAAUUUUGAGGAACUGAUUCAUUUGGAAGAAAGAUUAGGAAAUGUCAAUCGUGGAGCAUCCCAGGGAACAAUCGAAAGAUGUACAUAUCCACAUAAAUACAAAAAGGUAACAACUGAUUGGUUCUCACAGAGGAAACUGCACUGCAAACAAGAUGGGGAAGAAGGGACUGAGGAAGACACAGAGGAAAAGUGUACUAUCUGUUUAUCUAUUUUAGAGGAAGGUGAAGAUGUGAGACGCCUUCCCUGUAUGCACCUUUUCCACCAAGUGUGUGUUGACCAGUGGUUGAUCACCAAUAAGAAGUGCCCCAUAUGCAGAGUGGACAUUGAGGCCCAGCUGCCAAGUGAAAGUUGACACCAUGUUUCAGAACUCUUGCCCUCCCUCCUUCCCGCCCUCCCGGUACUGCAGUCAACCAAAGAUGGCGUGACUCACCUGCGCAGACUUGGAAGCCUUGAACUUAAGUGCUGGCUCUGCUCUAUGGUACAACUGAUGCUAGACCUACAGUUUAUGUAUACAGUUGAUUUUGAUGUAUUUAUAAAAGCUUUUUUUCUAGAUUUGACAUUUUUCCCUGUAUCAUUUUACUGUAUUUUUGCAUGGUUCCUUGUAUUGCAUUUCUUUGCACAUAUUAUGGGCUUGUGACCCUAAACUUGCAGGCAAGAUUAGCUGCUUUAGUAAGUAGAACUUUGUGGUCUUUUUUUU